GUUUCAUUGGAGCAAAUACGAACACAUAUCCUAUCUAAUUUCGCUAAUUGUGAACACGUUCAAUUUCUUGGGGAAGAAGUUCGGUAUUAUUAGAAGCCUACGAGACACACCACCCCUCUUGAGCACUACAAUCUGGUAAAUCCUAGGUCUGGGUGUAUCGUACUUUCCUCCAUACUUCAUUAAGAAGAACCGUGGCAUUACUGUAACUAACUGACGGCCAUUUUGCUGCUUAACGACUGUUUGGUAAAGUACGGAUUACGUCUUUCCAGCUUGGUCCAUCGUGGGGCACUAUGAGAAGAUUCUUCAGUAGCAGCGAUAAUGAUGGACCUGAUAUUCCAAUGAAGGUGCUGGAUAGCUCAAGGGACAGAAAGAAGUUGUCUUCACGUUCCUUCGGCAAUUCCCGGUUUUCGUUCGAUGAAAAUGAGGCCGAGUCGUUAUUGAUACAAGAAGACACGAUUUCACACAUUUCGGACACUAAAGACCGAUUGGAUACUCGCACUGUAUAUGUUGGUCAAUCUUCUCCAGAGUUUUGUGGAAAUGCUAUGGUCAAUACCAAGUACAAUGCAUUUACAUUUUUGCCUAUCUGUCUCUAUGAACAGUUUAAAUACUUUUACAACAUGUAUUUCCUUCUGGUUGCACUUUCACAGCUUGUACCCCAACUUAAGAUCGGCUACAUGUCCACUUACAUCGCUCCUCUGUUAUUUGUUUUGGCUAUUACCCUAGCAAAGGAGGCUAUCGAUGAUUUGAAGCGUAAGCGGAGAGACAUCGAGGCUAAUUCUGAAAUUUAUGAAAUUAAUGGUCGCUCUCUUUCUGCAAAAGAUAUUCGGGUCGGCGAUGUUGUACGCGUAGAAAAAAACCAACGGGUACCGGCCGAUUUGAUUUUACUGGAAACAACGUCUGGCGAAGAAGCUUUCAUUCGUACUGAUCAGUUGGAUGGUGAAACUGACUGGAAACUACGCGUUCCUUGUUCUAAUCAACAUGAUCAAGGUGUAUUAGGUUGUCGAUGUUCCCAUGAAAAGCGUUCACGAAUUCUACGGAACAUUUAUGCUAGAUGAACAUCAGGUUCCCCUUUCCGUUGACAACACGCUCUGGGCUAAUACUAUCCUUGCAAGUGAUCCAGUGUACGGAGUUGCAAUUUAUACAGGGUAAAGAUACACGUCAAUCAAUGAAUAGCUCAAAAGCAAGAACGAAGUCUGGCCGCCCUAGAGACGAAAUUAAACUUCAUUUCCAAGGUGCUUUGCGGUGUCGUUUUUUUAUUCUAUGCAUCGUUUUGACUGUUCUUCAAGGAUUGGCGGGGGACUGGUACAUUUCUGUCUUUCGUUACCUCAUUUUAUUUUCCAGCAUUAUUCCAAUCAGUUUACGUGUAAACUUGGACAUGGCCAAGGUGGUCCAUUCUCGUAACAUUGAACGGGAUCCUGGCAUGCAUGGAACUGUCGUGCGUACUACAAAUAUCCCGGAAGAGCUGGGUCGUAUAGAGUUUUUGUUGACCGACAAAACGGGAACUCUCACUCAAAAUGACAUGGAGUUGAAACGGCUGCAAAUUGAAACCAUGGGCUUUUCAGGAGAUUCAAUGGACUAUGUGCAAGCUUGUUUGAGUGAAGGUGCUGAAGGUGAUUACGAUCCCACCGAUACCAAGAGUAUCGUUCGUAAUACUGUGCUCGCCCUUGCUCUCUGUCAGAAUGUAACGCCCACAACUAAUUUGGAUGGUACGAUAUCGUAUCAAGCUGCGAGUCCUGAUGAAAUUGCCAUUGUUCGUUGGACUAGUUCAAUUGGACUUGUUUUAAAUCAUCGGGAUAGGCAUUCAAUGACCCUGAACGAUAGAGUCUACUCCAUCCUUCAGAUAUUUCCGUUCAAGUCAGAAAACAAGCGAAUGGGUAUUGUUAUCAAGUCACCCGAAGGUCGCAUCUGUUUUUAUCUUAAAGGCGCUGAUGUUGUGAUGCAGAAAAUCGUGAAACCUAACGUUUGGCUGGAAGAGGAGUGCGGUAACAUGGCACGAGAAGGACUGCGAACAUUAGUUAUUGCUCGGAAACAGCUUACGGAGUCGGAUUAUGCCAGUUUUCUGAAAGAAUACAACGAAGCAUCACUCAUUCUUGGCGAUCGCCGGGAAGGGGCGAUGUCAGAAGUCGUUGGGCGUUACCUUGAAUGCGACAUGGAUUUGCUUGGCCUUACUGGUGUUGAAGACAAACUGCAAAAGGAUGUCCGUGUAACACUUGAGCUCUUGCGAAAUGCAGGAAUUAACAUUUGGAUGCUUACUGGUGACAAGGUUGAAACGGCCCGUUGUAUUGCCGUAUCAUCAAGAUUGGUUUCUCGCGGACAGUACAUUCACACGGUAACUCGUCUUUCAUCUCGUGAAGAUGCCUACAAUCAUUUGAAUGUUAUGAAGGAAAGCCCUAAUUGUGCCCUACUGGUUGAUGGUGAAUCUUUGGACUACUUUUUAGAAUUUAUGAAGGAAGACUUCAUUUUAACGGCCUCUGGUCUUCCAGCCGUUGUUGCAUGCCGAUGCACUCCUACACAGAAGGCAGAAAUUACAAAGCUUAUUCGACAUGUAUGUCAAGCUCGUGUUUGCUGCAUCGGAGACGGUGGUAAUGAUGUGAAUAUGAUUCAAGUCGCAAACGUCGGUGUUGGAAUUAUGGGCAAAGAAGGACAGCAAGCAAGUCUUGCUGCUGACUUUAGUAUCCAUGAAUUCAGCCAAUUGUCCAGGUUACUUGUUUGGCAUGGACGUAUCAGCUAUAAGCAAACUUCAAAGCUUGCCUUAUUUAUUAUCCACAGAGGUUUAAUUAUUUCCGUUUGUCAAGCUGUUUACAGCGUAAUCUCAAAGUUUGAGCCCAUUGCUUUGUUUCAAGGCAUGCUUCUUGUGGGUUAUUCCACCAUUUACACUAUGUUGCCCGUAUUCUCGAUUGUGUAUGACAGAGAUGUGAACGAAAAGCUGGCCUUUUUGUUUCCUGAAUUGUACAAAGAGAUGCGGGAGAACCUUUCAUUCAGCUUAUCAAAGUUUUUGACAUGUGCCGCAGUAAGCGUUUACCAGGGAAUUGUUAUUCAGCUGUUUACCUAUCUGUUAAUUGGAUUCGCCGACGAAGGAAAGAUGCUUUCCGUUUCGUUUACGUGUUUAAUAUUAAAUGAAUUAAUAAUGGUCGCUUUACAGAUAAACAGAUGGGACACGACAAUUAUUAUGGCUGAAUUAUUGACACUACUCAUGUACAUUCUAAGUAUACCCUUUUUGGCGGACUACUAUGAUUUAUCAUUUCUCUUGGAAGCAAAGUUUUAUUGGAGUUCGUUUAUCAUUCUUUUCACUAGUUUGAUGCCAGUAUGGACCAUUAAGACAAUUACUCAACGAUUGAAGCCUCCUAGUUAUGCCAAACUUCAACGCUAGCGAAGAAGAAACCCAUCCUUACAUCUUUAUAUGUGACAAAGUGAAUAAGUCUCUUCAUCGUGUUCAUGGACUGGUUCCGGUUUACGAUUAACCUUGAGAGACAUGGUCGAUUGCAUAGUUUUGGGUAAGUGUAUGUUUUUCGUACCUCAAGAAAAAUGUACUAUCAAAUCAAAGUCACGCUUUCUUGCCGUAUGCUUCAGCAUCACCCGUGCAAGGCAUCAAUUUGUCUAAGGCUUGUUUGUACCAAGUGUUCUGAGAUGAAUCUAAAGAAUCCAAUGUUUUAACAAAUGACUCAACCAAGUUCUGUUGACAAGCCGUUUCUCGUAUCAGCAUAAGGCGUAGUAGACGUAGACAUUGUUGUUGAAUAUAAUCGAAUAGACGAGUAACAUCAAAAUAGUCUUCAAAAAAGAGGACUGUCCCGUUCAGUUCUUCCUUUCCCAUUGGAGCGCGGCUCCGUUCUACCGCCAAUUCAUGAAGAUCAGUUAGUCCCAGGUUCUCAAUUGUUUGUAGUAAAAACUGAAAUUCAUUCGUGA